GCACCAUCCCCUAAAAAAACAACAACAAUCAGUACAGCGGCGCUGGAUACCGAAAGAUGUACCUGUGAAAGAAAGCGCGACACUAAAAGUCAUUCCAGCCCAGCUGCUGCUACUUCAACCGGACCUGUUUGUCUCGAUGGUGCCAAGCUCAUGAACUUGGCCAGUCAGAGCGGGGAUGCUGGCGACAGCCAGCUCCUCUUCGCCAACUUUAACCAGGACACCACGUCCUUAGCUGUCGGCACCAAAUCAGGAUACAAGUUUUUCUCCUUGUCCUUAGUGGACAAACUGGAGCAGAUUUAUGAAUGUACCGACACGGAGGAUGUGUGCAUCGUGGAGCGCCUGUUUUCCAGCAGCCUCGUGGCCAUCGUGAGCCUGAAGGCGCCCAGGAAGCUGAAAGUCUGUCACUUCAAGAAAGGAACUGAGAUCUGCAACUACUCCUAUUCAAACACCAUACUGGCUGUGAAGCUCAACAGACAGAGGCUGAUUGUGUGUCUGGAGGAGUCGCUCUAUAUUCACAACAUCAGAGACAUGAAAGUGCUGCACACUAUCAGAGAGACGCCCCCCAACCCCUCAGGGUUGUGCACCCUCUCCAUCAGCAACGAUAACUGUUACUUGGCGUACCCGGGCAGCGCUACAAUAGGAGAGGUGCAAGUGUUCGACACGGUCAACCUGCGAGCAGCAAAUAUGAUUCCAGCCCACGACAGCCCAUUGGCGGCUCUGGCGUUCGAUGCCAGUGGCACCAAACUCGCCACGGCCUCAGAGAAGGGCACAGUCAUCCGUGUCUUCUCCAUCCCAGAAGGACAGAAGCUCUUUGAGUUUCGGCGAGGCGUCAAGAGGUGCGUGAGCAUCUGCUCGUUGGCGUUCAGCAUGGAGGGGCUGUACCUCUCUGCCUCCAGCAACACAGAAACGGUCCACAUUUUCAAAUUGGAGACGCAGAAGGAGAAGUACGUGCCAGCAGAGGAGCCCACCACAUGGGGAGGGUACUUGGGGAAGGUCCUGAUGGCGUCCACCACCUACCUGCCAUCGCAGGUCACAGAAAUGUUUACCCAGGGACGAGCCUUCGCCACAGUUCGUCUGCCUUUCUGCGGCCACAAAAACAUCUGCGCCUUAGCUGUGAUUCAGAAGAUUCCCAGGCUGCUGGUCGCCGCAGCUGAUGGAUACUUGUACCUGUACAACUUAGAUCCACAGGAGGGGGGAGAGUGCACGCUCAUGAAGCAGCACAGGUUAGACAGCAGUACUGAGCCGACCAAUGAGAUCCUGGAGCAGGGGUCACAUGAUCGCCCCCUGGUGGCCCAAACCUACAGCGCAGCUGCCGCUAAAGGUUACUGCGAAGAACAAGGUGCCGUGGGAGGGGCAGGGCUUGAAGAAGACCUCAACGACCUGCGCUUAGAGGAGGAGAACGAGCAACCACCGCUCAUCCUCGAGACCGACUGACUCAGCAGAUUCGUGGUUCAGAGGGGCUCCUCUGGUGCUGCUAUCAACCGUCAGAUGCAAGGGUGUGGAGGGGGCAGCGGACAGGAUUAAAGAUGGGGGGGUGGUCGAUCAAGAACCUGUCCAUCAGUCUAUCUCGUUCGUUUUUCUUUUUGUUUUGGUCCACACACAAAUCUUUAUCCUUUCCUCCCCACCCCUUUCAGUUGGCCUGCGCAGGCCAAAACUGAAGCUUUGCAUGUACAUGUGCCAACUGCUAAAAACAAACAUGCUCCAUCUGUAAAAACCAGCCCCCGUGAGUGUGGUCCAAAAACACAAAAGUACACAAAUACUGAGAGGAGAUGUAUCCGUGUCUUAUUUCUGGACGCACGCACAGACUCGAGCACUGUGUACAGCGAUGGUGUGUAAGUGCCUCUCUUGCCCCUCUAUCUCAUGGUUUUUCUUGUUUUUCUGAUUUAAAAAGUGUGAUUUCUUUAAGUUGAUGUAAAAAAACAAAACCAAAUUCAUCUUUUUAGUGAAUAAUUAUGUGGGUGCACACUUUUCCUCUGUCACAAGUGGCGUCCAUGA